UGCUGGUGCUGCUUCACUUUGAGACGGAGCAUCGAAGCAGCAGCAGCUAAAAUGUUCUGGUUUAAGAAGUUGUGGUGUUGUAGCGUCCCGGCCGACGAGGAUGAGGAGCCGCACAGACCCAAACCUGAAAAGAAGAAGAAGAAGAAAUGGUGGCAGAGUCUCAAAAAGAAGGAGAGGCAGGAGGAGACAACCAUAGAGGAGAAUCAGAUGAUGGGAAAUGAGGAGAAUGCAGGGAUGAGUACACAGGUUCUACUGGACCAAGGGCAGGAACCAGAGGUACAGGUGAUAGAAAUGGAAGAGAAGAAGCAGGUGGAGCAGAGCAUGGAGGAGAAGAAGCCAGAAGAGCAGAACCCGGUUAAAGAAGGGAUUGAAGCAGAUCCACUUGAGGCUGUUCUGGAGAAGAUCUUCAGGUCCUCAUCUGAUGAAGUGGUGCAGCAGCAGAACGUCCAGGACGAGCACGUUCUGAUUGCUCCCAUAUUUAUAACCCAACCUGAAGAGUGUGAGAGACUGAUGGAGACCACGGUGGAGAAUCAAGGCGUGUCCGUGCCCGCCGGUGCUUCCGUGCCCCCGGUCUACAUGCUGAAGCUGAAGAGAACGAGCCGCUGGACCGUGCGCCCUGUAGUAGUGCUGCCAUCCUCAAAAUACGUCUCAUCGGCUCUGCUGUGUUCUGCAGCGCUGUGGCGUCCUUCAGAACAUCCUCGCUCCACAGGGAUCGUUCCUCCUGAUCAUCUGGAGAAGAUGGAAUGAAGAACCUGCAAACCACAGGAUGAGCACCAGAAACUUUUCCUUCAUCAAAAUAAAAAUAAAAAGCAUUAAAAAAUAAA